CUGCCAUCCACCUUUCACGUCCUGCUUCAACGCCAAACCGGUUUUGCUAAGCAACCGUUAAAUUUCACAAUGAAAUCGGCUGCGUUUCUUCGUAGAACGCGGACUUCAGGCUUCCUGAGGUCUGCUUUAGGAUUCCAACACCCUACAGCUUCAACUGCUCAAAUUGGCGUUUUUAGAUCUGUAAACACAAAUGUUGCUGCUCCUCGUCGUCCCUUCACUUCGACACGCGUUACUUUGAAAGCUAGCUCCAUUUCUAACCCAAAAAUUGCUGGUGUGAACGAGUACAAUGUGUCUCCUUCGGUUACAGACGAGGAACAGAAGGCGAUUGUCAGUGUCGUGCCCAAGGAAAUGCGUGAGGCAGACGGAACUCCGGACUAUUUACGGUUGACAUUGACGUCUCGUAUUUACGAUGUGAUGAAGGAGACUCCGUUAACGAAGGGUGUCGUUAUUAGUGAGGGAGUUGGUUGUCCCGUAUAUCUGAAACGCGAGGACCUUACUCCUGUGUUCUCCUUUAAGCUUCGUGGUGCUUACAACAAGAUGGCCUCGUUGACUCCCGAAGAGACAAAGAACGGUGUUAUUGCUUGUUCUGCAGGUAACCAUGCUCAAGGUGUUGCCUACGCUGCUCGCCAUAUGGGCAUUAAGGCUACUAUUAUUAUGCCCAGAAACACGCCCGAGGUGAAGUGGAAGAAUGUGCAACGUCUUGGUGCGGAGGCCGUGCUUGUCGGUGAUAAUUUUGAUGAAGCUAAGGCCGAAUGUACUCGUCUUGCCAAGGAGCACAAUUUGCCCAUUAUCCACCCUUAUGACGACCCUUAUGUAAUCGCUGGCCAAGGCACAAUCGCCAAGGAAGUGUUGCAACAAGUUGAUCUUAAAAAGCUUGACGCUAUUUACAUCGCUGUCGGUGGUGCUGGCUUGUUGGCUGGCGUGUCUGCUUACGUGAAGCGUUUGGCUCCUCAUGUGAAGGUCAUUGGUGUCGAGACCUUCGACGCUGAUGCGUUCAAGCGUUCCGUCGAGAAUGGCAAGCGUGUUACCCUCAAGGAGGCCGGCCUGUUUGCCGAUGGUACCGCUGUCAAGGUGAAUGGCGUGGAGUCCUUCCGCGUUGCUUCUGAAAAUGUGGAUGAUGUCGUCCUUGUGAACAAGGACGAGAUUUGUGCUGCUAUCAAGGAUGUUUUCAUGGAUACCCGUAGCAUUAUUGAGCCCUCUGGUGCUCUUUCUGUUGCUGGUAUGAAGCGUUAUCUUAGUAUGCACCCUCCCUCCCGUCCCGACGCCGCCCAAGUUUGUGUGUUGAGCGGUGCUAAUAUGGACUUUGAUCGUCUCCGCUUUGUUGCUGAGCGUGCUGACCUUGGUCUGAACAAGGAAGUCUUCUUCAGUGUUUCCAUCCCCGAGCGUGCUGGUUCUUUUGAGAAGCUUCACAACAUCAUUUCCCCUCGUGCCAUUACCGAGUUCUCGUACCGUUACUCCGACCCCGAUGUCGCCAACAUUUACAUGUCCUUUAACGUAAAGAACCGUUCUGUUGAGUUACCCGAAGUUAUCCGCCAAAUUUCCGAAAACGGUAUGGCUGCCGAAGACAUCAGUGAAAACGAAUUGGCCAAGAUGCAUGCUCGUUACUUGAUUGGCGGCAAGGCUUUCGUUCCCAACGAACGCAUUUACCGCUUUGAAUUCCCCGAGCGCCCUGGUGCUCUCUGUAAGUUUUUGAGUACCUUGAAGAGCCAAUUCAGCAUGUCUUUGUUCCACUACCGUAACCAAGGUGGUGACAUUGCCAGCGUCCUUGUUGGUGUCCAAGUGACGGAUGACAAGCGUGCCCUCAUCGAAGAUAUAUUCAACUCUCUCGGUUACGUUUGGGUUGAGGAAACACAAAACCCUGUUUACCAACGCUAUCUGCGCAAGUAAACAUGUCACGAUGAAUGAGAGACAAACACCUUCACCAAAGCCGACUGAAGCCAGUUCUGUUUGAGCAAUUCGGAGUCAAGACAACUUACACUCUACUACUGAAUGACUCACAUCGAGUACAUCCAUAUCCCCGAGUCCCUUUCUUUUUUGUCUUCCAUUUCCUUUCUUCUCUACAGUAUUCCUCAUCAUUACCUCUCUUACCCCUUCAAAAGAUGCCUGCACUUCAUCGUCAUUUUUUCUUACAGGUCUAACUUCCCUUCCCGGGUGUUAAGUUUCGUCUGUGCACACAUCAUCGAAUAGAUUUUGUUUGGUUUUUUGGACGUUAGUUUCAGUGAAGUUGGCACUGUUCAUCGUUCUGCUUUUGAUUUAUUUUGUAGUUCUCAAAAAUAAUUCCUUUCUAAACGUUGCAGAGGGGUAUGUAUUAUUCACAUUAUGUUAAAUGUAUAUAUGCGUUGUACGUGA